CCUUCCGACGGUUUACACUCGCUAGUCGUCGCUUCUUGCUUUUUCGUUCUAAUUAAUAUAUAUAUUUUUCUGUCGUUUUUGGUUUCGCGCGUUUUUUUAGAAUAAGGGAAAAAACGAUUGAAUAUGGACUAUAAUUUUGGCAUUUUUGGGUAAUUUAAGGCUUGGAUGUAAGAGAUAAACAGCAAUAUGCCACCCCAUUCCACCCUUAAGAAAACCAGCGAAAAACUCCCGGAAAAGCAGUUUAUCCGAAAAUAAAACUAAAUUUUGUAAAAAUGGCCGGUUGAAGAGGCCGAAAUGGCAGGCCUGUACCUGAUAGGGUUGCUGGCCUGCGUAGUCCCUUCAGGUCUCUCCCACCCCGAGCCCCUUCUGGUCCUCACGGAUAUGUGCUAUUAUCCUAUUAAUAUGACGUAUAUUGAAGGGGAAUUGGCGGCUACCAAUAUAAGCGUUACUAUGCUUAGAGAUCCAGAUAUAUGCGAAAACCAUCAGCGACUCCUACAGCAAGUCGUGUCGUCUGCGAAAACCCGAUCGGCGUUGGGCUCGUUUCAUCCAGAAGUUUGUCAGCCGGGCAGGCGGCUUUGUGAAUAUUUCAACGCGACCUUUCGGCCCUGGAACUGUCCGACCCUCUUUCAUGAUAACGACAGCCUCGAGCCGAGUCCCUCAAUUCCCGAAAUAGCUUCUGGAUUCGCGAGGGUCGUCGCUGACAUGAAGUGGAAGUCUGUCGCUAUAAUUACCCUCGCAUCUGGAUGGUGGCCAUCGCUCUCCCAGACUCUCGAACUGGAGCUUAGGGACUUGGGCAUCAUUCCAAAACACUUGUUCCUGUUCGAUAAGGGCGCCUCCCAGCGGUAUAUUGAGAGGAAACUUCGUGUUCUUAAAAAAUGGCCUUGCAGGGCCCUAAUUUUCUGUCUACCACCGACGGAAAGCGGUCUGGCGAUCUUCCACACGGCCAGACAUCUGAAUUUAUCCCAAGAUAACACCCUAUCAAUUUUCCUGGACAUCUUAACCCUGCCGUCGUGGAAAAGCGUGUUCAACGCGACGACGACAACGACGGAUAGCCUCAACAAAACCGGCAAGAAUUACCUAAACGAGACCCAUCAAGACGUUCUCUUAUUUCUGGACAACGUUACCCUGACGAUCCGACGUCCGGAGGACCUCAUAGUGAAACUUACACGGGACAGUUUCGGGUUUCGUACGUUUUUUCGAUGUUUUGUUUUGGUGGACGUAUUUACGGACGAGCGGUUGUUAAGGCCGUUAAUGCGGGCCCUCGAGACGAACUGGUCGUCUAUCGGCUUUGAAACUGAAACGGUGCCGGAGAGUUUUGAGGACUGGUGGCUUUCGCAUAAGCAGCUGGAUGAGUGCGAUGCUUUUUGUAAGUUUUCAUCGGAUAAUUUAUUUAGUGCUUGGGUGUACUGGGUGAUAUCAUGCUCGGUUUUCGUGGUAUUCAUGAUAAUAGCUGCAGUGGCCGCUGUGCGGUUUCACUUACUAAAACAAAGGGCCAACAAGGCACCGUAUAAAGUACUUUUGGCAGCAACUGACUUCACUUUUCCUUCGCUAGCGGAAAACCUUGGGGUAGACGAAGGCAUCGAAGCGAUGCUCUGUUGCUGGCUGCAGCAGCUUCAAGAAUUCGGCGGGCCCGAAGUCGAGAAGCCGGACCUGCUUCAGAAUUCUGGAGCCGCGUCUGCGCGCAGGACGCCCCUCAGGACCGGAUCCAGUCCGAAUCUUACCGCUAAACAGGUCAUCGUUGAUCCGCGGGUCCGUUACAACGGUGAUUUAGUUCAAAUGAAACCAGUGCCUUCAAACGGUAGUGUGGAGCUCAAAGCGAAAGCGAUUGAGUUUUUGGUGCUACUCCACGGAUUGAGACACGAAAAUUUAAAUCCCUUAAUUGGUGUUCUAGCAGAACCACCAAGAGCAGCCCUGGUAUCAGAAUAUUGUGCCAGAGGUUCCCUACAGGACGUUCUUCAGCAGGACGACAUCAAGCUGGACUGGUCGUUCAGGCUGAGCUUAUUAACUGAUCUUGUAAGGGGUAUGAGAUACCUUCACUCAACCCAAAUCAAAGUCCACGGUUACCUAUCAUCGAGAAAUUGCGUAAUAGAUGCGCGUUGGGUACUAAAAGUGACCGACUAUGGACUACCAUCGUUCUACGAAGCCCAAGGCAUCCAAUCGCCUGAAAAAUCCGCCAGAGAGCUUUUAUGGACCGCCCCAGAACUUCUACGAUACAGCAAUUUAAGAAAAACCGGCACCCAACCAGGUGACGUAUACUCCUUUGGUAUAAUACUGCAAGAAGUGGUAGUCCGUGGAGAACCUUUCUGCAUGCUAGCCUUCACCCCUGAAGAAAUAAUUGAAAAAAUCAAACAUCCUCCGCCACUAAUUCGACCAUCGGUUAGUAAAGGAGCCGCCCCGCCGGAAGCCAUCAACAUAAUGCGACAAUGCUGGGCGGAACAGGCGGAAAUGCGACCGGAUUUCAAUGCGGUUCACGAUCAGUUUAAGAAGUUGAACCAUGGAAGGAAAGUGAAUAUCGUGGACACGAUGUUUCAAAUGCUGGAGAAGUAUUCGAAUAAUUUGGAGGAGUUGAUCAGGGAGAGAACGGAGCAGUUGGAUAUUGAGAAGAAGAAGACUGAGCAGCUGUUGAAUAGAAUGCUUCCAAGUUAUGUAGCUGAAAAACUCAAACUAGGCAUGCCAGUCGAUCCUGAAGAAUAUGGAGAGGUUACAAUCUACUUUUCAGAUAUUGUUGGUUUUACUACAAUAUCGGCACAUUCAACCCCCUUCCAGGUGGUGGAUUUACUAAACGACCUAUACACCUGUUUCGACGCCACAAUAAAUGCAUACAACGUCUACAAAGUGGAAACGAUCGGAGACGCGUAUAUGGUAGUUGGAGGAUUGCCAGUCCGGAUCCCGGACCACGCGGAACAGAUAGCCACAAUGGCUCUGGACCUACUACAUGAAAGCGGGAAAUUCCGAAUCCGACAUCUACCGGGGACACCAUUGAGACUAAGAAUAGGACUGCAUACGGGACCAUGUUGCGCGGGUGUGGUCGGUCUCACCAUGCCUCGCUACUGUUUGUUUGGUGAUACUGUUAAUACGGCAUCCAGGAUGGAAUCCACGGGAGCCGCUUGGCGUAUUCACAUGUCAGAAGCAACAAAAUCUCGACUAGAAAAAGCUGGAGGUUACCACAUCGAAUACAGAGGACCAACGGAAAUCAAGGGAAAAGGAACGAUGGACACCUAUUGGUUACUGGGAAAAGAGGGAUUUAAUAAAGAGCUCCCGGUGCCGCCCCCUCUCGAACUAGACGAAAAAUUAGUCAUUAGCAACCACUCAACUAUUCCUUCACUUAAAGAAGACUCGUCGUUAGGCGACUCUGUCUCACUGGAAUCAUGCACGAGACACAUGAGCAUCAGCGAGGGUCCUUCCAAAGCCACCAGCCCCAAUCCCACGUUCAUCAAAACGAUGGAAUAUUCCAGGUUCGCCACCUUAUCCAGAAUGAGCAAUGAUGAAAAGACAUCCGAUAGGAUAGUCAAAAGUACUUCCAGCGAUAUGCCCUUAAUACUGGGAACGCCAGUGUCGGCUUCGGAAGUGGCGGCCGCUUUGCUGGGUUCCUCUACGAACUCGUUGUGCCCUUACAGAAGAGGACCAAGGUCUACUAGUAAAAUUAAGGAGGAAGAGGAGGAUAUCAGCACUCCUUACAGCCACUACAAGUGCCUGAGUCCCAAGUUGAGAACUGGGAAGUUGCUUAGGAGGCAAUUUAGCUUGGACCGGGCUGAGGAUGUUCAAAAAGUCGUAACUGAGACAAGUCCAAGACUCUGCAAACAAAACUCGGCCGGAGCAGCUGACCUAGAAAAAAUCGAAGAAAUCCCCCUGAAGAUCCCCUCAGUGACGCCCUCUAUAUCGUCGCAGAUUCACAGCGCCCAUUCCGUAUCAGCCGAUUCACUAAUUCGAUAACCUGGUUUCUUUCAUUCAUAUAUUUAAAAACGAAAAGCAAUUUUUAACAAUUACGUGUCCUUUUUGAGAAGACUAGACUUUUACACUUUUGAAUAUUUUUUAAGAGCUUUCACUAGUUUUUGAAUAUUCAGUAAACUUAGGUUUAGUUUUAUGUGAAGAUGACCGAUAGUUAAGGUAGUAGGGUCACCUAGUGAAUUAGCAUCAAAACUUUUUUUGAAUAGUAUAUACUGGACGAAAUGGUCUCUGAGGUUUCACAUGUCGGUGCUGACUUGUAUCAAAAUCCCGACUCAAGUUGCAUGUUUUCCAAUUGCAUAGAAGUGAUGUAAGCAUUACUUUAUAAAAAUCUAUUAUGUUUGGAUCUACUUCUGUGUUCAUUUGUCCUGCUCCAGUGGUCGUUUUGUCGCGGGAUUUGGUAUAAGCAGUUCUUGAUAUCCAGCAGACAUUCUGGCUUAGUCUUUUAUACUAAACCUCGAAUGGUUAUCUUCGAAGUAAACGCAGUCUUGCAAUUCUUCUGAUUUUGUUCAGAAGUUCCCUUGUUAUACGGAAUUGUUAAAAAUCCUGUAGGCCUUCAGUUGCUGUUGGUCUUUCCUUAUUAUCUCUGUUAUCCUCCUAUAUAGAUUUUUAAUAAUUCCUGCCUUUGUUGAACCAGGAUCAUUGAAGUUGUAUAGGAUCAGUGAAGUUUGGUAUUGUCAGUAUUGUCUUAUAUGGGUACCAACCCUGAGAUCCUUAGGCGUCCAUCGUUGUUUUUUUACUGGAGCCCCUAAAGCGGGCAGUACUGACUUCUUGCUUCUUGCUUGCAAGUCCUUUGUGAACUUGAUGCUUGAUCUAAUUUUAUAAAUGUGCUUCAAAAAGUUUGCUAGCUCUAUAACGCUUUUGUCCUAAAUAAUAAAUAUGUCAUUAAUAUAUCGAAGCUACUACUAGGGUUUGUAUUGAGAUGUUCUUUUAACGUGUUCUUUAAACCACUCCAUGUAGAGGUUGGCCACUACUGGAGAUAAUAGCGAACCCUUUGGAAAACCAUCGUCCUGGAUGUAAGACCUUUAUUUGAAUUGAAAGUGGGAGUUACGAAGACAAAUCUCCAAAAAGUCCAUCUCUUCCUCCUCCAGUGGAAGUCCAAUGGGUUUUGCAAGUGUUGCGUCCUGUCUGAAUCUUUACCAUAUCAAAUCAAAUGCCUAAAAUGAUAUCAAAUACUUGGAAGAACUAAGAAAUACCUCAAUUUCCUGGAAGUAAAACAGACAUGACUUCAAUUUUCUGAGAGAAGUAUGUGAUUGACUUAAACAGGCUGAAGUAAGUUAUGAUUUACUUCAACUGCCUUAUAGGAUUAUUAAAUUAGGUCAAGUGCUUGAAAGGAUUCUAAAAUGCUAUCAAAUGCUAAGAAGAAUUAUAAGAUACUUCAAUUUUCUAAAAAUAAAUAACUUCAACUGCCUAAGUGCAGAACGUAAUUGAUGCGAACAGUCUGGAGUAAGCGAGAAUUUACUCCAACUGCCUUAUAGGAUCCUGAAAUUAGGUCAAAUGCUUCAAAAGAUUCUAAAAUGAUAACAAAUUAUUGGAAGAAUCAUAAAAUACCUAAAUUUUCUGGAAAUAAAACAGACAUGACUUCAACUGCCUAAGAGCAGAACGUGAUUGAUGCAACGAGUCUGGAGUAAGCCAGAAUUUACUUCAACUGCCUUACAGGAUCCUGAAAUUAAGUCGAAUGCUUCAAAGGAUUCUAAAAUCAUAUCAAAUGCUUGGAAUACUUCUGAAAUACAGCCCUAAAGAAACUGCCUGGGUGAAUUUUGAUCAUUAUAUGAUGAUAUAAGGGAUUCUUCAAUAGGCACAUUUGUAUAAAGCCUCUGGACGCCAAAGCUGCUUACUACCUUAUCGGUGCGUUUAACGUUAGUAGUUAUUCGACAAAAACAGCUUGGAUCAGCUCAAACUGGAUAAUGCUCAAAUAAAUAAUGCUCAAAUGAGUGUAGCAAGUUCCAAUAUUGACGAAUCCCUGGAGUUAAUGAUACGUCAGGUUUUACGUCAUACUAGUUAUGUGGGAUUUUAUUAUAAUAAAAAGUUAAAAAAGAACCAGCAUGGCUUUGGCUCAUGGUUUGCCAACAAAACCGACCUGAAAUGUCUUCUUGAUACCUGAACAGUUCUUACUAAAAUUUACGUUAUCUAUAAAUUAAGCUAAUUCACUAGGUCUGUCAAAAUUUCCAAAAAAAAAAUCGAAUUUACUAACCUACAAAUUUUGAGAAACUGUCAUUACGGACUGAUUCGAUUUCAUUUUACCACUUAAUGUCUGUAGAUUUAUUGUGAUACUGAGUGUCCCUAAUCACUAGAAUAAAAUUCUAAAAACGGAGCUUAAACAUGUAGGUUUUAUUGUUAGGACACUAUGGUAGGUUAAGUGUUCAGAUUGGUGUUUAGUCUUAUUUAUAUAAUAUGUAUACCAGUCAA